AUGCAGUGUCUUUGCUCGGGGGAACAGUUACAUGGAGAAGAAAUGGUCCCUUCUUCUGAAUCUCUUGCAACCAAGGAUUAUACACAUAGUGUUUAUUCAUCUCAAGCCGGAGAAGCUGAACGGAAGCCUGACACUGGAAAUAUUGAAGAAGCUGAAUCAUCUUUGCGCGAUAGUGGUUCUUUAAAUUACGAGGAAGCCAGAGCGUUGUUAGGAAGGUAUGAGUAUCAGAAAGGGAACCUAGAAGCUGCCUUACAUGUGUUUGAAGGGAUAGACAUUGCUUCAGUGACUACGAAGAUGAAAGUUACGCUUUCUAAAACAGGAGAAACUCGUAAGAGGCGGUCACAAAAUUUUGUGACACCACCAAUGUCAAUACAUGCUGUCAGCUUGCUCUUUGAAGCAAUGUUUCUAAAAGCAAAAUCAUUACAAGCACUUGGGAGGUAUAAAGAAGCUGCUCAAUCAUGCACAGUUAUCCUGGACAUUGUUGAAUCUUCAUUACCAGGUGGCUUGCCUGAAAACAUUGGUGGUGACUGUAAAUUGCAGGAAACAAUAAACAAGGCUGUAGAGCUGCUUCCAAGAUUAUGGAAACUUGCUGAUCAUCCCAGUGAAGCUAUUUUGUCUUACCGUCGGGCCCUUCUACAUCAAUGGAACCUUGAUGCACAAACUACGGCUGAGAUGCAAAAAGAGUUUGCCAUUUUUCUUCUGUAUAGUGGAGAUGAGGCAAAUCCCCCAAGUCUGCGAUCCCAAAUGGACAGUUCCUUUGUACCUAGAAAUAAUACUGAGGAAGCUAUUCUUCUAUUGAUAAUUCUUUUAAGGAAAGUUACCCUCAAGAGAAUUGAGUGGGAUCCAUCAAUUUUGGAUCACCUUUCCUAUGCAUUAUCUAUAUCAGGUGGACUAAGGGCUUUAGCUAAUCAAGUGGAAGAGUUGCUGCCUGGGGUUGUACAUCGGAAAGAAAGGUAUCAUAUAUUAGCUCUCUGUUACCAUGGAGAAGGUGAUGACUUAUCUGCUCUGAAUUUAUGGGAAAAAAUGUUGAAAAGUCACGAGGAUCCUACGUGUGUACCGGCUUUACUAUUUGCUUCAAAGAUAUGUGGAGAGAGCUCAAAAUUUGCAGAAGACGGAGUUUCUUUUGCUUGCAGGGCUAUUGAAAGCUUGCAUGGAAGAUGCGAUCAGUUGGUGGGUGUUGCCAAUUGCAUGCUAGGUAUCUCACAUUCGGCAAAUUCUAGAUCAUGUGUACAAGAUAGUGAGAGGGCUAAAAGACAAUCUGAGGCUCUCAAGUCCUUGGAAAUUGCUGGGAGAAUGACAAGAAUGAGAAACCCCAGUAUCGUUUACCACCUAUGUUUAGAAAAUGCCGAGCAAAGGAAGUUGGAUGCGGCACUUCAGUAUGCAAAAUGUUUGCUUAAAUUGGAAGCUCUGGAUCAGACUGGAAAAUGGGAUCAGGGAGAAUUGCUGCAAACAAAGGCUAAACUCCAAAUUGCACAGGAUCUAGUGAAGGAGGCGAUAGAAACUUAUACUCAGCUUCUUGCUGUUCUUCAGGUUCAGAGGAAAACUUUUGGUUCAGGGAAGAAGCAAAAGGAAAACAAGAACCACCGCAAGAAUUUAGAGAUGGAAACAUGGCACGAUUUGGCUUCCAUCUACAUAAGAUUGUCCCAGUGGCGUGAUGCUGAGAUCUGUCUUUCUAAAUCUGAAGCAAUUAGUCCUUUCUCAGCUUCUCGAUGGCAUACGGCUGGUUUACUUCACGAAGCUCAGGGCCACCACAAAGAAGCACUGACGGCAUUUAUGCGUGCUCUGGAUGUUGAUCCAACGCACGUCCCCAGUCUAGUCUGCAAGGCAGUGGUUCUCAGACGGAUCAGUAGCCAGUCUUCAGCCAUUGUCCGGAGCCUUCUGACGGAAGCACAAUCUGAGCUGUCUUACUUAUGA